AUGACACCCGUAGGACUCCAGCAGCCAGCAAACCAGCUGCCUAAUUUCCUGGUCGAAAACCAUCCCGAGUGCAUCGUAAAUGAUGUAACUGAGGCGAAUCUUGACGAAGUGGAAAUGGCGAUUACCAAACCCGAUGACCUGGCAUCGCAGAUUCGCUCAUUUGUCUAUUCCAAACGUCAUACGCGUAUCGAAAAUGGUAGAUGGCAUGGAGACAACGACGACGCGUUUGAAAUGGGGUCACGCGUUCAUAGCACAGACAGCUACCAUUACACCGAAGUGUCCCCAUUCAUCUUCGUUGGGAGGCUUUCGUUCUUCGAAUGGGAGAGGACUGCCAGAGGUUCUAUAAGCUCACAGGCGACUUCGGGAAACGUCCUCAUCAUACAAUCAGGAUAUGGGCUGCGUCGUCCACUAAGACUUCACCAGGCCUUCGCGGUAUGCUGGAUGCUGACUACCGAGAGAGCCCAGAAUGGAGGAUAUCUCGCAGAUGACAUGGGCUUAGGCAAGACCACUACCGCCAUUGCAUUGUGUAUUAUUAGCCGCUGGGUGCGCGUAGCCAGGCAGGCUGUGGAGAAGUCACAGGCAGCUAACAACGGCAAACAUCUCUUACCCGAUGAUCAAGAGCCUGAUGAUGAGGCCCUGAGCGCUGCAGACUUCCCCAUAUGCUGUCCAUGUGUGCGGGCAGGCCCUACUGCCCGAUACAUGGCAAUCGAGCUCCAGGACCAGGUCAACCCGACAUUCGCCUUGACGCGGCCGCACUGA